UGGCAGGGGGGGGGGGGCAGUCCGUUCAGAUAGAAGCCGUUUCGCCUCACCUCUCAUAUGCUAAGCUUCUGGGGAGAUAAAGGUUUUGCUAGGUGUGCAGUGCCUGUGAUCUGCCUACUGUUCGGGGGUAAUUGGAGACGAAUGGAUGCUGGUAGUCAGCAGCGUGUAUACUACGACCUUCUCUCGCAAGGGCGACAUCUUCUUCUUCUUCCUACGGUCCGACGAAUGUUUAAUUAUUCCAAUAUUUCUGUUGGUAAAUGGGUCACUUGGCGGGAGAAGGGGGCGCAGUAUUUGUACUUCGCAUCACAACCUUGUUUAUUUAUUGUUUUUGCAAGCAUAGCAUUACUAAUAAAAUAUCGAGCCCUUUGAGAGAGUUGUACCACCUGUUGGUGGGCGGCCCUGUAUAAAUAAGGUAUGAUGGCCAGCCUUGAAGCGUGGAGCUAAAUAAAGGCAAAUCCAAUGUCGGAAACAAAAAAUAGAAGAAAUUUAGUUUAUCCAUAAACUAACUAAAGAAAGCUUUAAACAGUGAGUAGUAAAUAAUGCAACAUAUAACAUUUUGAACUAUUGCAAUAGUGUACAUUUUGUAUAUAAAUUGUUUAAAGACAACAGGACAUGCAUAGCCAAGUUUAGUUUGUGUGGAAGAAAAAAACGCAAAAUGUCCAGAUGUGUGGUUAUGCACAAGUGUUGUGACACAAAACAUCUUAAUUUUCAGCGACUACUCAUUCUAUACUACAAUAGCAUGAAUUCUAUAUGGUGAAUAUUAUAUAAUUUAGGAUAUUAUUUUGUUUUACAAUAUUGAAAGAUUUAAAAAAAAUACUGCCUAACUUACCAUCAGAACUCUUUCUAUUUUACUCUCUCAUAACUCGUCUUUGGACAGAAACCUUCCGAAUUUCAGUUUGAAAUGUUUCCUGCCUGAAAAGUCCGGUGUUUACACAACACUGGUCAAUUAUAUAUCCAUGUCGAGUAACACGAUCGGGCUUCGCAGGACUCGUCACACAACUUUCGUCGCAGUUCAAAAGGGUCUCCCCCACUUCCAGGCCACUGUCUCAGACGCUCGCCGCUCACUGCCACGGGGGAGUCACAGUGUCACGCCCCCUACUAUUGCCAAGAACAAGUCUCGGGGCUUGACCAACAGUCCGCUAACACUUCAGGGCUGGUCACACGCAGGUGGUUAACUGCAUCCCGUCCUCAGUGUGCUGACUGACGGCAGUCCGUUAAUCCUUCGGUUGUGUGGUGCUUUUUCACUCCGAUUGAUCGAGUGAUCCGGUGGUUGAGCCUGUAGAAAAUAAUGUACAUGAGCAACUCACUCUACGGCUAUGCAUUAAGAAUCACAAGGCUGGCCCCUCAAGCGUCUCUUGUUCCAUUCCACCAGCAGCGUCGUCUGCUACGACAGACACGGAACCUUACCUACACAAAGAGAACUCCCUAAUACAGACUGAGUCGCUAAGCACAUAUCAUUACGACACAAAUAAAAAUCCCUCAAAAUACAGAUUCAGCACAUAAGUCUUCCCCCACACACACACACAAACACGCGUCUAUACAAAAAUCUCUCAGUCCCAGUCGCUCACUCACUUUGCACACUUGCGCAUCGGCUGGCCAGCCACUAGCUUGGAAAACGGUGACAGGAAGUUCGAACAACUCACCCAAUCGGCUCAUGAUGAGUUCAUCUGCCGUACGCAGAAAACGCGGGAGACAGAGAAGCUUCUGCCGAGGUGCACCACGCACCGCUCCAGGAAGCGCACCAGGAGCAGAGUCCCGAGCGCACUCGUGUCUCCCGGCACCGAAGCUUUUCUCGUUCUGUCCCUCCCGACCCUGGGCUUCUAAAGCGAAAGCUCCGGCCUGGCUCUAGGGAGAGGAAACUUCGUAAUAGGGUUCCCGCCCUCCUGUCCCGUCAGGACCCGCAACAAAAGACCUCAUCAGGUAAGCGCUUUGACUUAUGGCGUGCUCCAAGGCGGAUCUAUUACCUCUUACCAGACCGACCAAAUUCUAGCAUCAGUAAAGUUUAGUGUUAUGUCGUUCAUGAAUUUGUAUUUCCUUGUCAUCGUGUUGGGGAAGGUAAGCCAGCAAGGUACUGGAGACGGACACUGACACACAUGAAGCCAACUCCGAAAAAAAAGGGGUCUCGAACAACUCCCUCUCCUGAAAACUUUAAAAAAUGUUAGAGAUUGACCAAUACCUUUAUUUUAUGAUAUCAAACAUGGAUAGCACGCAAAGCUUGAGAGCUCUGCAUUGGUGGGUUGCUUGGAGGUGAGUGUCCCCUGUAUGGAGAGAGGGAGGAAGGAGGAACCCGGAGAACCCCGAUUGGCCAGCCCUACGACCAGGUGUCACUGAGUGUCCAAAGACGAGAUCUGAACUUUAGUCCUCUCGCUGCAGUGGUGACAAGCGAGUGUUUUUAGCAGGCGACCUUACGAACUCUCUAAUCGCCAUCUUUCUUUUUUAUUGCAGCGUAUGCGGCGCCAAGAGAGACAAUCAUAGAUAAUUCGGCUGCUGACGCCCCAUAGCAGUACGCACAUCAGACAAUAAGGAUUCAGACCCCUCCCCCCAUCACAGAGCCCGUCCACCCCUCUCGCAAUUAGGCGAGUCCUACAUAUGUGCGCAAUGUGCGCAUGCGUGGUGUCGGUUUAUCGUCACAGACUGGCAGACCUCGCUAACCCAAGGCAUCCUGGGUCAUUCGUGGAAUACCUUUCCUUCGUCACCAGAAAGAAGUGUUGGGAAAGAAACUUCAACUCAAAACCUUCAGUCAUGGGAUGGAUUAUAACAUCAUACUCGCUACAUAUGGCCAUCUUUAUUCUGUGUAUUGUGUUAUCCUGCUUCUCUCUCCUCUACGGUGGAUACCUUACCUCAAAGACACAACAAAGCAGCAGUGUGCAGCCUAACAAACCCAUGGAAUACAAUGUGACGAUGGUCAGCGCCUUCAUAGACAUUGGAGAGUUCGGCAAAGGUGCCCUGAACAAUAAGCGCGACCACAGGAUCUACCAGAAAUGGUCAUGGGCCUACUCCGCCAUCUACUCGCCGCUUGUAUUCUACACAGACUCCCCGUCCUUCGCCGACCACAUGCAGCACGUGCGACAGAAACAGCCGGACCUCACUAAGAUUAUCCUCGUCAACCGCACCAGCCUGUGGGCCUUCCAGCUGAGGGACGCCAUCGCAGCCAUUUACCGUGCUGGCUACCCUGUACACUACCCCAACACCGUCUACCCGGAUUACACGUGCGUCACGCACGCCAAGUUCGAGUUCAUCAAAGACGCCAUCUUGAACAGUUACUUCUACAGCAGGCAUGUGGUGUGGGUGGAUGUAGGCUACUUUCGAGACAUGUGGACACGGCACAAGAACACCACAGCUUUCACAAUGCAUCCUUUGGCCAACCUGGAUCCCAAGCGGGUUCUCUGUACGCAGGUGGGGGCGCCGAACUUCAAGAUGGCAUGGAGAGAUAUUUUCUGGAAGAAUAUCAACUGGGUAGCAGGCGGCUUCUUCUUGGCUAAACGACAGGUCAUGAUGGAUUUCGUGCUGCAGUAUCAAAGAGCCGUGGAACUGUUCUUGCGACUAAAUCAAAGCCAGGUGGAGCAGCAUGUCCUAUAUUCUAUUUACACCGACGAAGGCAGAGAAAUUGUAAAGCCAACAAUAGAACUUCAACCAAUUCAGUCUGACUGGUUUGAUCUUGGAUUCAACUCUUUAGUUCCAACACAUCAAAGCAGCAGUGUGCAGCCUAACAAACCCAUGGAAUACAAUGUGACGAUGGUCAGCGCCUACAUUGACAUCGGUGAGUUCGGCAAAGAUUCCCCGAACAAUACGCGCGACCACAGGAUCUACCAGAAAUGGUCAUGGGCCUACUCCGCCAUCUACUCGCCGCUUGUAUUCUACACAGACUCCCCGUCCUUCGCCGACCACAUGCAGCACGUGCGACAGAAACUGCCGGAUAUCACUAAGAUUAUCUUCGUCAACCGCACCAGCCUGUGGGCCUUCCAGCUGAGGGACGCCAUCGCAGCCAUUUACGGUGAUGGCUACCCUGUACACUACCCCAACACCGUCUACCCGGAUUACACGUGCGUCACGCACGCCAAGUUCGAGUUCAUCAAAGACGCCAUCUUGAACAGCUACUUCUACAGCAGGCAUGUGGUGUGGGUGGAUGUAGGCUACUUUCGAGACAUGUGUCCAAUACACGAGAGCACCACAGCUGUCACAAUGCAACCUUUGGCCAACCUGGAUCCCAAGCGGGUUAUGUGUACACAGGUGGGGGCGCCGAACUUCACGAUGGCUUGGAGAGAUAUUUUCUGGAAGAAUAUCAACUGGGUAGCAGGCGGCUUCUUCUUGGCUAAACGACAGGUCAUGGUGAAUUUCGUGCUGCAGUAUCAAAGAGCCGUGGAGCUGUUCUUGCGACUAAAUCAAAGCCAGGUGGAGCAGCAUGUCCUAUAUUCUAUUUACACCGACGAAGGCAGAGAAAUUGUAAAGCCAACAAUAGAACUUCAACCAAUUCAGUCUGACUGGUUUGAUCUUGGAUUCAACUCUUUAGUUCCAGUAAAAGGUUCUGCUUUAUCUUAAAGACUUGAAUUCAUGUCUACGUUCCAAAAUGUGCAAAGAACUAUAUAUAUUAACAAACUUUUAUUGCUAUUUUUAUUAUUGAAUUUGUAGAGUACAUUUAAAAAAUUUUGAAAGACAUUAGGUAUUUUAUCGUUUAGUCCCUCAAAAAAGCCUUUAAAAAGUACUUAUUACUUUUUUUCUAAAAGUAUCUACACAAAUUUACUUUUCAACAAAAACUAAAGGUUUCUUUUUUAAAAACAAUUUUACAAAACUGGCGCGUGUUUAACAGCUCCAAUAAAUAAUGUUUUGUUAUUUUAAAACACAGAAGAUUUACUAUAAAGACAAAUACCUGAUAAUAUAUUUUUAUUAUACAACUUGAUGGCUUAUCUUGAUGGAAGAGAUUCGUUAAGAUUGAGCUUGAUUUUUAAAAAAUCAUUUUAGACCAUGGAUUUAAUUUUAUGCUAACAACUCUGAAAGUCUUUGAUUUUGGCAAAGAUAUUUGUAGUUAUUAUAAAGAUUUUUAACAUUAAAAUCUAAGUUCAGCAGUUAUAGCAAAGGGUUACGGGAGUACUCACUAUACGAACCUACCGGUGACAUUAAGAGACAUUAUUAUGCGACAUAAGGUCGAAUGAAAUAAGGGCUCGAAGUAAAUAUAUUUAACUUUUCUCUGUGAAGAACUUGCAUAACAGGAAAGACUCCCAUAAUUCUUGUUUUUCUUGUGAAAAUUUUACAUUUUUUUUGUUUGUUUUUUGCUUUCCUCUAGAAAUGGCUACUAAUUCUUUUAACUUUUUGUAGAGAUCGUAUUAGUAUGAGAAUUUUAUGUUGGAUCUUUAUUGGAGGAGCUGUAUAUGUAACAAUAACAAUAACAAUCAACUUUAUGUAGUAUUUAUAGCUUAUUUUUUCCAUAUUCUAACCACGAUAUCCGAGGUAGUUAUGUAUGAGUGUUACACUAUGUGUUUAUAUAUUUAUAUGCACGUGCAGUGUAAUAAAAAAACUGGAAAAUAAUUGUCUCCUGUGUGCGUUUGUUUUGUGUUGUUGCAGUUCCAGGGUCUUUUUUCACUGGUUACUGAUCGCGCACAGAACUUGUUUCUGAUGCUGCUAGUUCUGCUUUUAUUGAUGAAGGGGUUGUGGUGGUGAUAAUAAUGAGAUGGCGAUGGUGGUGGUGAUAGUGAGGUUAUGGAAACUAUUAGGGUUGUGUGUUCAAAGAUGUUCAAACAAGGUUGUUCAGUUUACUGUUUUCAGUUUAGUUGAAGCAGUAAACUGAUGAAUUCUGCCCUAAAAAGACAGAUCUCUUUCUAGGGAGAUGCCUUUUUUGAUGUGACAGGCGGUGAUGGGUUAGGAACCUUCGAAAAUUUACGACACAGCACACUGUCAGCUUAUUAGUAGUAGUGGUAAACAUUCAUGAAUUGGGAAAUGAUCACAGCACAAGUAGUAGCCAGACUUAUGCAGUCCUCAAUCUUUUCUAAGAAAGUCUUUCUUCUGAUCCUUUGCACCCACCGCUUAUAUCCCGCCAUCAACAUGCGUGUGUCUGGUAACAACAGGUUGCCUGUGCACUCGAUCUGAUAUUUGUUCGCUCAAUUACCAAAGCAAAUGUAAUCAACAAUGCUUUGUACCGAUCAUGAACCUAACGCAAACUGCAAAAUGAAUCCACAUCUACCAGGAAAGGGAUCAACCGACUGAAAUUAUCAAAUCUGUGAUCACUUUCUGACAACGCAUGCGAUGUAUAUAUACACUCGUGAAAAUUAAGUGUAGCAGACGAUAUUUUUCAGCAUCAGUAUUUUUCCAGCCAUUUUUUUUUUAAUUUACUUUUGUUACAGUUUAUAACAUGUCUCGGUAAAAGCAGCCGAGUGGCUUAAAAAAAAUUAUCCCUUCUUCCGUUUUAACCACGUUUUUCUUUUCUUUCUUUCUUUUUUUUUUUCUUUUUUUUUUUUUUUUUUUUUGUUUGUUUGUUGUUUUUUUUUGUUUUUUUGUUGUUGUUUUUUUGUUAUCUUUCCUUCUUCCUUCUGAAUUAAUAUUUGGGUGUGGCCGCGACGAAUCCAGUCGAACUUCAACUGAGCGCAGACCAUACACAGAAAUGACAAAGACAAAAUUCACGUAACAAACAAAACUAAUUUAAUAGCCACAAAAAUAAUACUGAUAGGAAUCAA